AUGCCUAUAAUCCCAGCACUGUGGAGACUGAUUCAGAAUAACAACUUUGAGGCCACUCUGGGUUACCUAUCACAAAUUGAAGAUUUAAAUGAAAAUCUUUUAAAAUUGAAGGAAGCUCUUAAAACAAGUAAAAACAGAGAAAAUUUACUCACUGAUAAUUUGAACGACUUACACAAUGAACUGCAAAGAAAGCAAAAAGCUUAUACUAAAAUACUUAGAGAGAAAGAUGGAAUUGAUCAAGAGAAUGAUGAACUGAAAAGGCAAAUUAAAAGACUGUCCAGUGGGUUACAGAGCAAACCUCUGAUAGAUAAUAAACAAAGUUUAAUUGAAGAGCUUCAAAAGAAAGUUAAAAAAUUAGAAAGCCAACUGGAAAGAAAAGUGGAUGAGGUAGACAUAAAACCUAUGAAAGAAAAGAGUGCUAGGGAAGAAUUAAUUAAGUGGGAAGAAGGUAAAAAAUGGCAAACCAAAAUAGAGGGAAUUCGAAACAAGUUAAAAGAGAAAGAGGGAGAAGUUUUUACUCUAACAAAACAGUUGAAUACUUUGAAGGAUCUUUUUGCCAAAGCAGAUAAAGAGAAAAUUACUUUGCAGAGGAAACUAAAAUCAACUGGCAUGACUGUUGAUCAGGUUUUAGGAGUACGAGCUUUGGAGUCAGAAAAAGAGUUGGAAGAAUUAAAAAAGAGAAAUCUUGACCUAGAAAAUGACAUUCUGUAUAUGAGCUAUCUUCAGGUAGUCAAUUGGCAUAUGAAAAUAGAAGAACUUCGUCUUCAAGAACUUAAACUAAAUCGAGAAUUAGUGAGAGAUAAAGAAGAAAUAAAAUAUUUGAAUAAUAUAAUAUCUGAAUAUGAGCAAACUAUCAACAGUCUGGAGGAAGAAAUUGUUCAGCAGAACAAGUUUCAUGAGGAAAGGCAGAUGGCUUGGGAUCAGAGAGAAGUUGAGCUAGAACGUCAACUAGACAUUUUUGACCGUCAACAAAAUGAAAUACUAAAUGCAGCACAAAAGUUUGAAGAAGCUACAGGCUCAAUGCCAGACCCCAGUUUGACCCUUCCAAAUCAACUUGAGAUUGCACUAAAAAAAAUUAAAGAGAAUGUUCGAACAAUUCUAGAAACACGGGCAACUUGUAAAUCACUAGAAGAGAAGCUAAAAGAAAAAGAAUCUGCUUUACGGUUAGCAGAACAAAAUAUUCUAUCAAGAGACAAAGUAAUCAAUGAACUGAGGCUUCGGUUGCCUGCUACUGCAGAACGAGAAAAACUGAUAGCUGACCUAAGCAGAAGAGAGAUGGAACCAAAAUCCCAUUACACAAUGAAAAUUGCUCAUCAAACCAUUAUAAAUAUGCAAGCAAGGUUAAAUCAAAAAGACGAAAUACUAAAGAAGUACCAACACCUUCUAGAAAAGGCCAGAGAGGAGCAAAGAGAAAUUGUAAAGAAACAUGAAGAAGACCUUCAUAUUCUUCAUCAUAAAUUAGAACUACAGGCUGAUAGUUCACUCAAUAAAUUCAAACAAACAGCUCAGGAUUUAAUAAAACAAUCGCCUACUCCAGUUCCUACCAACAAGCAUUUUAUUCGUCUGGCUGAGAUGGAACAGACAGUAGCAGAACAAGAUAACUCUCUUUCCUCACUUUUGAUCAAACUAGAGAAAAUAUCACAAGAUCUAGAGAGACAAAAAGAAAUCACAGAUUUAAAAGUAAAAGAAUUUGAAAGUAUCAAAUUACAGCUCCAAGAAAACCAUGCAUGUGAAGUGAAAAAAGUGAAAGCAGAAGUAGAGGAUUUAAGGUGUCUUCUGGCCAAGUCACAAAAGGAGUCUCAGAGUUUAAAGUCUGAACUUCAAGCUCAAAAAGAAGCAAAUUCAAGAGCUCCAACAACUACAAUGAGAAAUCUAGUAGACCGGCUAAAGAGCCAAUUAGCCUUGAAAGAGAAACAACAAAAAGCACUUAGUCGAGCACUUUUGGAACUCCGGACUGAAAUGACAGCAGCAGCUGAAGAACGUAUUAUUUCCAUAACUUCUCAGAAAGAGGCCAAUCUCAAUGUUCAACAGGUUGUUGAUCGACAUACUAGAGAACUAAAGGAAAUGGCUGUUUUCAAAAUCGCAGCUCUCCAAAAAGUUAUAGAUAAUAGUGUUUCUUUGUCUGAGCUAGAACUAGCUAAUAAACAAUACAAUGAAUUGACUGCUAAGUACAGAGACAUCUUGCAAAAAGAUAAUAUGCUUGUUCAAAGAACAAGUAACUUGGAACACAUAGAGCAUGAAAAUGCAUCCUUAAAAGAACAAAUGGAAUAUGUAAAUAAAGAACUGGAGAUUACCAAGGAAAAACUUCACACUAUUGAACAAGCCUGGGAACAGGAAACUAAAUUAGGAAAUGAAUCUAAAAUGGAUAAGGCAACGAAAUCAGUAACCAACAGUGACAUUGUUUCUAUUUCAAAAAAAAUCACUAUGUUGGAAAUGAAGGAAUUAAAUGAAAGGCAGAGGGCUGAACAUUGUCAAAAAAUGUACGAACAUAUAAGGACUUCAUUAAAGCAAAUGGAAGAACGAAAUUUUGAAUUGGAAACCAAAUUUGCUGAGCUUACUAAAAUCAACUUGGAUGCACAGAAGGUGGAACAGAUGUUAAGAGAUGAGUUAGCUGAUAGUGUGAGCAAAGCAGUAAGUGAUGCUGAUAGGCAACGGAUUCUAGAAUUAGAGAAGAAUGAAAUGGAACUAAAAGUUGAAGUGUCUAAAUUAAGAGAGAUUUCUGAUAUUGCCAAAAGACAAGUUGAAUUUUUGAAUACCCAGCAACAGUCCAGGGAAAAGGAAGUAGAAUCCCUCAGAAUGCAGCUAUUAGACUAUCAGGCACAAUCUGAUGAAAAGGCACUCAUUGCCAAGUUGCAUCAACAUAUUGUCUCUCUUCAAAUUAGUGAGGUUACUGCUCUUGGAAAGCUGGAGUCAGUUACAUCCAAACUACACAAGAUAGAGGCCUACAAUUUGCGCAUAGAACAGAAACUGGAUGAAAAAGAACAGGCUCUCUAUUAUACUCGUUUGGAGGGGAGAAACAGAGCAAAACAUCUGCGGCAAACAAUUCAGUCUCUACGAAGACAGUUCAGUGGAGCUUUACCCUUGGCACAACAGGAAAAGUUCUCUAAAACAAUGAUUCAAUUGCAAAAUGACAAACUUAAGAUAAUGCAAGAAAUGAAAAAUUCUCAGCAAGAACGCAGAAAUAUGGAGAACAAAACAUUGGAGAUGGAAUUAAAGUUAAAGGGCUUAGAAGAGUUAAUAAGCACUUUAAAGGAUGCCAGAGGAGCCCAAAAGGUAAACCUUAGUUUGAAGUUCAGUAUUUCCAAGAGUUAAUAAUAAAUUAAAGCUUUUAACAUGUGUCUGUAUGAAAAAUGCUUAAUG